UUCGAUGCUGGCCACCUUUUACCUGCCAGUAGUUGUAAAGGUGGACUUGAGAAUGUUUUUAUCAUUGUAGAUAUUCUCAAGUUUACCAUUCGAGUUAUACCACAUCACAGCGCUUCAGAUUAUUCUGCAACCGUUGAUGAACCAUUCGAGUUCGAUGCUGGCCACCUUUACCUACUGAUAAAACUGCUUGAUGGUCUUGAAGAGUCCACAUAUGACAUGUUAGAUGUGACAAGGACAAAUGUUGUAGAAACUCGUGCAAGAUCAGGUAGUGAAUCAUCAAGUGAUAGAAGCGAUUCCUCAUCUUCAUCAUCAAAACAUGCGAAAUCAGACGGUGAACCACUCAGUGAUGAAAAUGAUUCAUUAUCAAAGCAUACGAAAUCAGUUAAUAAAACACCUGGUGAUGGAAGUGAUUCAUCAUGUAAACCUGAUGGAAGUGAUUCAUCAUGGAAACCUGAUGAAAGUGAGGAUGAUGAAACUGAUGAUGAGGAUGACAAAAAGAAGAAACAGAAACCAAAGCUAUUUUGGUUUGUGGGACCAACAGAAAUAGAAACGAAUGCAUCUAAAAUUCAUAAUAAGUGGAUUUUAGAUGGGACCAAUAUUUCAGACCUAUUCUUUCAAUUUCGCAAACUUUCGAUUCUCAAGGCAUCAAUUGGAAAGAUUGAAAGGACAAGUGAGAUAUUGGCUAUUAAUCAUAUUUUCUUGAUGCAAGAUUCAGAGAAUGAUGGUCAUAUUAUUGACAGAAAGCUUUGGGGUAGUGCUAUUCAACAAGUUUACCAAGAAUAUCCAUUAUCAGACCUCCCAGAUAAUUGGCUGUCUAAAUGCAAUGAAAUGGCAGAGAUGGCCCGAAAUGAUUUUAAGAACAAUAAAUCACUACUAAGAAACUGGUACAAAUCAAGUGACAAGGAAUCUGAUGAUAUAAUAUUUGACGUAUUUCAUAAUAUACUUAACAUGUAUACACUUUCCGGAACAAUGGAUAAUCUCCAUGAGGAUUCAUUCGCCCACAAAGUGCUCUCACCCAUUAUUUCGCCUUUUUUUAAGGAUUCAUUUAAAUUUUCUAGUGUUUGGGCAAAUGAAACUCUUAACUCAUCUGCGUAUCGCAAAAAGAAGUUUGAUCCUUCUUUAGAAGGAAGAGAACCUGAUUUUGCAGUUUACACCUCUGCAAAUCGAGAAAAAGAGAAUUUACUUAUAGUCGAAAUCAAACCUUUGAAAUCUGCAUCAUCAAAUAAAGAUAUGUUGAAUGAUCUUGUAAAGAUUGGUAAUGAGUUAAAAGACUGUAUUGACAAGAUGAUUGACGACGGUAUUGAUGAUAACGUUCCUGUUUGUGGAAUAUUAGUUGAAGGCAAGGUUCAAAUGCACGUUAUAUGUGAUGGAUCUUCGUUAUGA